GAUCACCAUGCAGACCCUUAGAAAGGACAACUGCAGCUCAGUGUCCGAGUUCGUCCUCCUGGGCUUCUCCAGUGAAUCUCAUGUCAGAGUGUCCCUGUUUAUCUUUUUUCUUCUUCUCUACAUGAUCACCCUCCUGGGCAACGGGCUCAUCGUCACCCUGAUUUACCUAGACUCUCGCCUCCACACGCCCAUGUACUUCUUUCUCAGUAUCCUCUCUUUGGUAGACAUGAGCUAUGUCACUACCACUGUGCCCCAGAUGCUGGUUAACAUGAUGUGUCCAAGGAGGACCAUCUCCUGGGGUGCUUGUGUAGCCCAGAUGUUCAUCUUCCUGGUCCUGGGUAUUGCAGAGUGUGUUCUCUAUGCCAUCAUGGCCUACGACAGGUAUGUCGCCAUCUGCCUUCCCCUUCACUACUCUGUACUCAUGAGCCGUCUCGUGUGUAGCAAAAUGGUCACAGUCUGCUGGUCCAUCAGCAUCACUGGUGCUCUGAUCUACACAGUCUUCACCAUGCGUCUGCCCUACUGUGGUCCCUACAAGAUCAACCACUUCUUCUGUGAGGUCCCCGCUGUCCUGAAGUUGGCCUGUGCAGACACAUCCUUCAAUGACCGCUUGGACUUCAUCCUGGGUUUCGUCUUACUUUUGGUCCCUCUCUCCCUCAUCCUUGCUUCCUAUGCCUGCAUCUUUGCCUCCAUCUUAAGAAUCCGCUCAUCCCAGGGGAGGCUCAAGUCCUUCUCCACAUGUGCAUCCCACAUCACUGUGGUCACCAUGUUCUAUGGGCCAGCCAUGAUCAUGUACAUGAGGCCUGGUUCUUGGUAUGACCCAGAGCGGGACAAGAAGCUGGCUCUGUUCUACAAUGUUGUCUCCGCCUUCCUCAACCCCAUCAUCUACAGCCUCCGGAAUAAGGAUGUGAAGGGUGCUUUUCUGAAAGUACUAGGAGACAGAAGGGCAGCCCAGUGAGCCAGGACUGGAUGACUGGAUGGAGCUCUUUUGG